GUGCGAUUAACUAAUGCAUUCAUGUCCAAGCUGUCUGUCCAAAUACUCAUCUAUCUCGAAGUGUUUGAGCACCGAUAUCUCUCCCAGCCAGCCAGCCAGCCAGCCAGCCACAACUAACUGCCCGUCUGCUAUGCAGCACAGUACGCACACGUCUCUCAUCGGUCACUGCUGUCCCUAAUCUGCUCCGCCUCCAAAAAGGCCGCCAUGCUCUCGGCACUGAGGCGAUGAUAGAUCCAUUCACGCAUCUGCUCAGCGCCGAUCUUGUGCUGAUAGAAUGUCAGAGCAGGCUGAUUCCAAUCGAGCGCCUGCCAAUCCAGCCUAGCACACCGUAGUCUUGCCGAUAACUCUAUCGCCGCCCGAAGCAACUGCGAUGUCCACCAUCCAACAUAGCGCACACAGCAGGCAGGCAGCACAGAGAAAGAGCAUUUACCUCUGCCUGUCCCUGUCCCUCUCUGUGUGCGUAUGUCUUGCCAUUUUGCCGAUGCCGCUCUUCCGAUGCUCCUCGUGUACAUAAAGAUCCUCCUGAUCGAUUGGCGCCACACACACACACAUAUUACAAGCACCCACCCAUUGUGUAUCCAAACGUGCGUGCACUGAUUUAGAUGCUUACGUACAAGGAAGAGGUACUCCCCGCGCCACGUGCUGAAGGCAGCGUGAAGCAAGGCAAAACCGGCAGGUGCAGAGCCAGAGUAGGCCAAGAAGCAAUAAAACCUCGGCCGGUCGCCGAAUCCCACAUUGAGCAGAUACUCCUGGUUGAACACAUUGAGAAGCCAAGCAGGAAAACGGCACUCCAUUCAUUGCAGAACACACACGAGAGAGAGUGCGGUGCAUGCUGUGCACACCGUUGUGUGAGCGCACCUCGCUUGUCUUGACCUGAUCUGACAUUUGUUCAAACGCCGCUAAGGCACGAAUAAACGCCAUGAUAUCCUUGACGUGCUCCCUUCUAGCCAGACAGAGCUGGACCUCACUGCCUUUGGUUGCCCAGCCUGACGAUUCGACACAGAUCUCCUCCAUCGCACGCAGCACGUCGGAAGGCGCGAAGCUCGUCAUGCGGGCGACAGAAGGGACAGAAGAAGCAGCACACUUGCAACAAAU